UAAGAAAUGUCGAACAGCAGUAGCGUGGUAAUAAUGCGGGACAAUAAUAAGUUCAGCGAUCAGUUCGUCACUGCGAUUCGUGCUUUACGUUGCCUUAUGAUUUACGUGGGAAUUUGGCCAGAAAAAAAAUAUGAGAAAUUGUACAAUUUAUUGUGGUACUUCCAUACGACAAGUUUAUUAUUCCUAAUCUGCGGUUUAGUGUGUGGCCUCAUCAAAAUUAGAGAUGAUAUGGACAAAGUUAUUUCCAAUUUAAGCGUUACAACUGGAAUGAUAUAUGUAAUUGGAAAGUGGUUUGCAUUUUCUUGGCACAAAGAACUGAUAAAGAAACUGACGAAUUCGAUGGAUGAAGAUUGGAUCAGCUUGACGAAUAAGAGUUUGAUUCAUGGGAGCGUACCAGAUUCGAAACAAAUAAUGCUAAAACGCUACGAAGUCUUGAAUAUUUACGUUUACACCAUCUUCUUUGUGAUAUUAAUUGCUGAUAUGAAUUUCGUCGUCGAUUAUGUUGCUGCCACAAAUGAUUACGGCAAUCAUACAGAUUUGGAUAACCUCUUGCCAGUAUCUUACAGCUGGUAUCCUCUCGAUUAUAACCAAGGUUAUAUCAUUCAGUUCUUGGCUGUUGCACAAGUAAGCAGUCUGCUAUCCGGAUUGGUAGCAAACACUGUGGUCGACGGUUUUUUCUUCAUUGCGGUCUUACAUACCACAGGUCAACUUGAAAUUCUCGGAAAUUUCAUUCACAAAACGGAAUAUAAUUUAUUGGACUCCGAAUGCGUUAAGAAAAAUGUCAGAGAAAUGGCGAAGCGUCACCAGCUGUUAUUGAGCGUGGCAGCUGACAUACAAGAAUGUUACGGUAUGAUUACGUUUCUGCACGUGACCGUCUCUGUAAUCUGUCUGUGUUUUUCUCAGUACACAUUUCUUCUGGAAUUACAAAAAACGGAAGGAGGUCGAAUGCUUGCGCUGAAGUACGGAAUCACCAGUAUUGCAGGGCUGGAGAAUAUUUUCAUCUAUUGUUUUGUUGGCGAUACUUUGACUAGUGAAGGUCUUGCUAUCGGAAUGAGUAUCUACAAAUCAGAAUGGUACAACGCUGGAUCAUCUACAAAUCUCUCGCUGUCAAUAAUGACGGCUAAAGCAUGGAAACCGAUAGUUCUCAGCGCCGCCAAAAUCUUUCCCCUUACAAUGCAAAGUUUUACAGUGAUAAUUAAAGCAAUCGUAUCAUAUCUUUCUGCACUACGAGCAUUGGGCGUAGCUGACGUCUAA